AUGUCCGGCAUGGACGUUGCGGCCCUCUGGGUGGGACUCGUCGUGUGCCUCCCGAACUACUACCUCGCAGGUGGUCUCGUGGAGAUGGGCAUGUCGUGGUCGCAGGGCAUCGGGACCAUCUUCCUCAGCAACGUCAUCACGCUUCUGCCGAUGAUCGUCAACGGCCACGCAGGCACCAAGUACGGCGUUCCGUUCCCCGUCCUUGCCCGCGCUGCGUUCGGAGUCAGAGGCGCGCUCCUGGCGUCAUGCCUCCGCGGUCUCGUCGCUUGCGCGUGGUACGGCAUACAGACGUGGGUGGGGGCGCAGGCACUACACGCGAUGUGGGCGGCCCUGGACCCCGCCGUGACAGCCUCCGCGGCGCUGCCCUGGCUGGGGAUUUCCGCGCCCGAGGUGGCGUGCUUCGUCGCCUUCUGGCUCCUGCAGGCCGCGAUCAUCGUGCGCGGGAUCGACUCCAUCAAGAAGCUCGAGCAGUGGUCGGCGCCCAUCCUCAUCGUGCUGGUCGGCCUGCUCAUGGCCUGGGCCUGGAACGCAGCGGGCGGCCUGGGACCCAUGCUGUCCACCAAGUCCGCGUUCGGUCCCGGCGGCGCGAGGGAGGGCCAGUUUCUCGCGGCGUUCGUCCCCGCGGUGACGGCCAACGUGGGCGCGUGGGCCACGCUCAGCCUCAACAUCCCAGACUUCACGCGGUACGUGCGCAGCCAGCGCGCGCAGGUCUGGGGGCAGGCCGUCGGGCUCCCGCUGUGCAUGGCCGCGUUCUCGUUCGUCGGCCUCGCGGUCACGUCGGCCACCAUCGUCAUCUACGGUCACUCCAUCCCCAACCCGGUGGACCUCCUGGCCAAGCUCGGGAGUCUCGGCGCGAUGCUCGCGGCCCUCUUCGGCCUCGUGGUGGCCACGCUCUCCACCAACAUCGCGGCGAACCUCGUGGCGCCGGCCAACGCCCUCGUCGCGGCCGUUCCGCGCCGGCUCGAGUUCCGCUCCGCAGGCCUCCUCGCCGCCGGCCUCGCCGCGGUCAUCAUGCCCUGGCGCAUCAUGGGGUCUGCCUCUGGGUUCAUACUCAAGUACCUGGUGGGGUACUCCGCGCUCCUGGGACCCCUCGGAGGGAUCGCCGCGGCAGACUACUGGAUCCUGCGAAGACGCAAGCUGGACAUCGACGGGCUCUACCGGGGCCGCGGCGGCCCGUACUGGUACCGCAACGGGUGGAACCCCAGCGCAGUGGUGGCGCUGCUCUCCGGCGCCCUGCCGUGCGUGCCCGGGUUCCUCGCAGCGGUCGAUCUCGUGCCGGCGUCCGCCGUCGCAGGGGUCUUCCACGCGUGCUACAGCGCUUCGUGGUUCGUCGGGUUCGGCGUCGCGGCAGCCGUGUACCUCGCGCUGUCGCAGCGCGGGACUGCACGGGCUGCCGCGGCCGGAGCGUGA